AUGGCUGGUGCGGUGCUGCAAAAUAACUUCAUGAUCCCCAGUCUCCGGAUGACCAUCACUUGGACCGGUAUCAUGGGCGACUCAGAGCCGAACCUUGCUGCUCUUCUCGACGCCGCCGGAGGCGCAGAUCGAUUUUAUAAUUUUUACCGCAUCUUGAUGCGGGGGUUAGAGAUGUGGGGAUUGCGGACCCCGGGGCAUUCAAAACUGAUCCGUUGGAUCUAG